AUGAAGGGCAUCACAGGGGUCAAGAGCAAGGAGCUCCUCAUCUGGGUCACUGUCUGUGACAUGUACAUCGAUAGGAAUGACCACUCAAAGAUCACGUUCAAACGCCCACAGGACUGGGAAGGACCUUCCCCGUCUCCGCCUACGGAAAGGAGGAUGACAACAAGCACGACGUGGCCAAAUAAGAAACCACGGCCGGCAUAA